CUCCCCCCCACCCCUCCCCUCUCCACACCAAACAACACAGUUCCUUCCAUUUCCUUCUCCCGAGGAAAACAAAUGUCAAUUUCCAUGGCUACCACCACUGAAGAUUCUAAUAACCUCCAGCCUCCUCCAGCACUAGCUCCACCUCCUCCUCCAGCACUAGCUCCACCCCAACAACAGUCACAGCAACAAUCCUCCACUAUCCCUCAGUAUCCUGAGAUGAUUAUGGCAGCUGUCGAGGCGUUGAACGAGAAAGAAGGGUCAAGCAAGACAUCAAUUUCGAAACAAAUUGAGUCAACACACCCCGAUCUGCCUCCUGCACACGGCACACUACUUUCUCACCAUUUAAACAAGUUGAAGCAGAGUGGUCAGCUGGUCUUGGUAAAGAACAACUACAUGAAGCCUGACCCUAACGCUCCUCCAAAGAGAGGUAGAGGUCGCCCUCCCAAGCCUAAGCUUCCAACCCCACCUGGAAGUGUUGCUGGACCUCCCAGGCCACGUGGACGCCCUCCCAAACCAAGGGAUCCUUUCGCACCUGUGGCUUCCCCUAAAAAGAAGACGGCAAGUCCUGGAAGUGGGAGGCCACGCGGUCGUCCACCAAAGAACGCUAACACGCCGGUUCCCGCUGUGAGUUCUGGUGCUGCUCCGCCCAGCGGUGUGCCUAGAGGGAGGGGAAGGCCGCCUAAGGUGAAGCCGGCUGUGGCCCCCGUCGCUGGUUGAGUGGAUUUAAAGGAGUAGAGAGAGAGAGAGAGAGAGAGAGUGAGUGAGACGUAGAGAUAGGAAUUAGUUUCUUCAAUCUUUUCGUGUUUUUUUUUUAGGUAAACAAGAGAACUACUAAUUGAUGUUGUAGCUUUAGUUUAGCUCUAUUUUUUUUCUCUUGGGUUUCUGAGUUUAAAUUAAAAUGGGGGUUAGCGUUAUUGUAAUGUGGAGCUUGAAGGGGGAGGGUUGGAUCACGCGACUCCUGUAAUUUUAAUUUAAUUUGCCUUGUAAAUUUGAUCA